CUCUGCACCAUCAACAACAUGGCCAUACGCAGAAAAGACAGCUUCCUCUGGGGAAAAGCUCCAAUCAAACUCCCACCAGAAGCGAGGAGGCAGGGUGAGGCGCAUGAGUUUGAGCUGCUGGAUGACAUUCAGAAACUCAGAUUGGAGAUCAAUCACGUCAUGCCUAAAUUCCACAGCCCUGAACUGAAGGAGCAGAAUAAAAAUGUUGCGAGGAACAGGAAAUUCCUACGUGGGAAAAAGAAAUUUAACAUGGACUCCAAAAAAGGUGUCCAGUACCUGGUUGAAAAUGGCCUUCUCGAAUGGCGGGCAGAGUCUGUGGCAGAGUUUCUUUACAAAGAGGAGGGGCUCAAUAAGACCGCCAUAGGAAACUUCUUGGGAGAAAGGGAGGAAAUGCACCUGAAGAUACUGAAAGCGUUUGUUGGUCUGCAUGAGUUCUCAGACCUGAAUCUGGUGCAAGCACUGAGGCAGUUUCUGUGGAGCUUUCGUCUCCCAGGAGAAGCUCAAAAGAUUGACAGGAUGAUGGAGGCGUUUGCAGCUCGCUACUGUGGCUGUAACCCCGGGGUCUUCCAAUCCACAGACACCUGCUACAUCCUCUCUUUCGCCAUCAUCAUGCUCAACACAAGUCUCCACAACCCCAACGUGAAAGACAAACCCACUCUGCAGCGAUUUGUUUCCAUGAACAGAGGCAUCAACAACGGCGAGGACCUGCCCACUGAGCUGCUCACGAAACUGUACACAAGCAUCCGUAGUGAGCCGUUCAAAAUCCCAGAGGAUGAUGGGAAUGACCUCACACUGACGUUUUUUAAUCCAGACCGCGAGGGUUGGCUCCUUAAAAUAGGUGGUCGAGUUAAAACCUGGAAGAGAAGGUGGUUCAUUUUGACAGACAGCUGCUUGUACUACUUUGAAUACACAACAGAUAAAGAUCCAAUUGGGAUUAUUCCUCUGGAGAACCUGUGUGUCAGGGCACUACAAGACUCAAGCAAACCGUUCUGCCUGGAGUUAUAUAAUCCUAAAGGACAAAAGAUCAAGGCCUGCAAGACGGAGAACAAAGGCAGAGUGGUCCAGGGUAAACACCAGUCAUAUAAGCUCAGUGCAGCCAGCGCAGAGGAACGGGACGACUGGAUAGAUGCAAUCAGGGCGAGCAUCACCAAGGACCCUUUCUAUGACUUGGUGACACUACGCAAAAGAAAGAUCAUCAGCAACACUUCCUCAAAGGACUGACACAGCACCAUCAGGGAUCAUGGAUGAGUUUGACUGAUGAAUCAUGUUUCAUUUUAAUGACUGCUCACGAAAGAUACAACCAAAACAUUAUUGCUCUGUAUUUCAAAGAACUGCGCAAAUUGGGAUGUGAUAAUUGUAGUGUAAAAAGGAGAAAAGUGAACCGUGGUUUUCACAUUACUUCUGCAAAAUGAAUGCACUGCUGCUCCGACUUCAGGGGCGACAAGUCUGACGGACAAACAUCUGCUGCAAAGCUAUAACAAUCAUGAAAGUCUAACCCAGAAGACAUACAAUGACCACAAAAAGACUCAAACGACUCCAGAGAGCCAUAAAACAACUACAAAGAGACAGAAAACGAACUCAAAGAGACAUAACAAAGACACAAAAGGAGACUUCAGGGACAUAAAACGACUUUAGACACAGAAAAUGACCACAAAGAUUAAACAGCUUCACACAAAAAAACACAGAUAGACUUGAGCAAGACAUAAAAUGACUAGAAAGAGACACAAAACAACUGCAAAGAGACAGAAAACAACUUCAAAAAGAAACAAAAUGUUUUUGAAGUGAAACAUAUUGACUUCACUGAGACACAAAAUGCCAACAAAGUAUCAAAAUAUAAAUUGAUGCACGCCUUUUAGACAUGCACACUUUUCUGUUAAUAUGAAAGCAUCUGAACCUGUCAGCUUAUUGAAUAAAUGUUCACUGUGGUCACUUUGUUGUGAAAGCUGAGAUGGCAUUUGCUCGGUCAGACCUGGUAGCAUUUAUGUUACAGAUUCAAUGCAUGCAUGAAUAAGGUUGGAAUUACAUGUGCCUUUACUUCAUCUUCAGUUCCUUUUUAAAAAAUACUUACAAAAGACCAACGUCUGGCACCUUUUCACAUCUGAUGUCAAUGUGUCAUAAACCAGCAUUUGCAGAGACUAGAGGUCUUGUAGGGUCACUGUUUUUAAGACUACAGCUAGAUUCCUAAAUUGGAUACCUAGAGAAAAACAGGUAGUUGUCAAAUCUCAGCACAGAAACUUCAUGAGUUUGGUUUAGGACCACAGCUGGAUCUACUGAUGAAGUGAAUUCAGAGAUUGAAUUUGAGAUUGAAAACUCGAUUUCUUUUGAAAGUAUCUCCCAUCAUGGUGUCCUUGUGCAUGCAGCCACUGGCUGAGAUAACAGAGAGAGCACAAGUACUGGUUUUCAAUAAUGUUUGCAUGAUUGAACUUCAAUACUUGCAGGAGGAAAAAAAAACUUUUAUUGGAAUAUAAGAAACAGAAAGAUCGGCUUAACACUGGUCUGACUGAGUUUUAUGACCACCUAACAUCAAAGGACUGAGAUAACAGAAGAACGCCACAACUUUUGAAAACUGUCAGAAUUUAAUUUAGACUUUAGACAUUUGUGUGCAGCCAAAAAUGAUUAUAAAAGUAAAAUAUCCCUUUUUAUUGUACACUGGAAAAAAUCGGAAAACGUAUUCAGGAUCAGAACAGGUCUAUAAACACUGUAGAGAGCCUUUCUUGAUUCAUUAGUUCCCAGUUUAACUUGGAUUAAACCCGAUGAAUCCAAGGUCCACUACUGAUGAUGUGUCCCAAAUUUUAAAAUGAUAAACUAGAUUAGAUCCCUAAUCCCUAAACCUCCCUUAUCAGGGACUGUAACAUCUAGUCCUUUUUACUGAAUCAGAUUAAAUCUAGAAAGGUUUCCAAUGAAAACAGCAUUGUCCAAACAAAUGAGACUCAAGGUCAAGGUUUGACACAGUUAUCGGGAUCUGAAUUAGGUUUGUGGCUUGCAGCUAUUUAUAGAAGUCUUUCUUUUGCAUUAAUUACAAAUCUGCAGCAUCAGACAGCAGCAGGAUUCGUCUGUGAGCAUCUAAAACGAGAGAAUAAAUGCAACCAAAUAAAAAAUGAAAGAAUGCUGUCAUUUUAACAGAAUAAUGCGAACUGAAAAGGAAACAGAACUUUUUUUGUGAACCUAAAGAAAUUUUUACAAAAAUUAACCACAGAAAUGAAGCAACAACACAAAUACAAUGGCACAGAUGUUUCUGUAUGUGUACUUGUAAACUCUUAGUCUCCCCGUGGCUGCAGACUAUUUGAAGUUACAUAUAUUUAUUUGUUCAUAUUAGAAUAUUUAAAGUAGAUGAUUUUACAGACCAAUGUAGCAAAUAAAAUGUACAGGUUAUUGUAAAUGUGUAUCAAACAGUUAAAAAGCACUCGUACUUGUUUCUUGACCCUGAUGUGCUAUAGUCACACUUUAGCUUGUGUAAAAAUGCAUUUAGCACUUUUGUAAACCUGUUCCAGCUGUUUUGUAAAUGAAAAUAUGAUUUUUUUUGUUAUUGUAUAUUCAAAUGAAUUUUAAGUUAUAGAUCUUUGUACAGCAUGUUUUAGAUCAUUUUUUGUAUAAUUUAAUGACUUUAUACUU